UAAGAUACCGCGGCUCGGUUCCACUCUGACGCGUUUUUAGAAACAAUUGCAAUGCGAAUCGAAAAGUGCUUCGUUAGUUUGAGUUGACGCUCAAAGAGGGAUUCGCAACGAGAAAUAACAAGAUACCUACGUUAAUAUGAGAUGUCAUCUAUAGACGAGUUCGUCAACUCCUCGGCAUGGCUGGUCAAGGUGUCGGGGGCUGGGCGCGGGCGCUCGCGGCAUGCGGCCCCCGCUGCAGACGCCCAUGGAGGUCGGCUAGCGCGCCCGCCCCCGCACCCCCCCAACAUGGACCUCGCGGACGUGCCCCGACACAGACCACUCGCCUUCGAUAAGAUGGAAAGUUUGAUAAAGGAAAUGCAAGAGCCGACCACAGGAGUUCCAGUUCGGAGCCAAAAACUUUUUCUAUCUGUUAUACCUUCUGCUUUUGCUGGUUACGAUCUCGUAGAAUGGCUAAUGGACAGAUUUAAUUUAGAAGACAGUAGUAGCGCCGAAGCAAUAAACAUAGGGAACCAAUUAUGCCAGUAUGGCUACUUCUUCCCGGUCAACGACUGGAAAAACCUCGUGUUUAGAGAUGACUCUGCGCUAUAUAGGUUUCAAAGUCCAUACUAUUGGCCGUGGCAGGGCCCCCGCGUGGCCGGCAGCGGCUCCAGUGCCCCCACCCUGGGGCCCGACAAUGUGGAGUAUGCCAUCUACCUGGUCAAGCGGACCCUCAGGAACAAGCAGCGACACGGCCUCGAAGACUACGAGCAGGAGGCACUCAAUAACUUGAAGAAGAAUUUGGCUGCGAAAUGGGACUUCAUCACUAUGCAGGCUGAAGAGCAGGUGCGAUUGGCGAAGGAACGCAAGAAGGACCGCAAGAUAGUGAGCGACAGUCAGGAGCGGGCGUACUGGCGAGUUGCGCGGCCGCCGCCCGGCGUCACCAGCGCGCUCGAGCCCUGCCCCGUGCCCGUCCGCGUCCGCCAUCCCAGGCCCAAGAAGCGGACCAUACACCAGCUCACUAGAGAGAUAGAGCACCUCAAGGCUAGCCUAGAUCGUACAAGGGUGAAGACCUCAAUUGCCCUAGAGGCGCUAUGUGCCUACUCGGAGACCUUCGCCCCGUACGACGCGUGGAUGUGCCAGCCUCAACCCUCAAACCCCUGGAUCAGCGAUGAUCCCUUCUUUUGGCAGAUAAACAGUCCCAUUGUGGAAGUACCAAGCGAGAAGCGAGUGCAGCGGUGGGCUUUAUCUAUGGAAGAACUCGUCUCGGACCCCACGGGUCUCGAGGAGUUCACCAGUUUUCUCCGGAAGGAGUAUUCCCAUGAGAAUAUAAGGUUCUGGCUCGCGGUCAUGGACCUUAGGAGGAGUAGUGUUAAACAAAUACCCAAGAAACUUGAAAGUAUUUACGAAGAGUUCCUGAAGCCGGGCGCGCCGUGCGAGAUCAAUAUCGACGGCGCGACGGCCGAGCGCGUGGCCGAGGGCAUCCGCAGCGGGUCGCGGUACGCGCUCGACCACGCCGCCGAUCACGUCUACGGGCUACUGCUGAAGAAGGACUGCUACCCGCGCUUCGUGCGCUCCGAUCACUUCCAACGGCUGCUGGCUGAAGGAAGGACGGUCAUGCAGAAGAAAGCCAAGUUCUUCAACUUCGGCGGCCAAGUGAGGAAAAAGACGGGCUCCACUGGUGGCAGCGGCGGCGGCGGCGGUCUCUCCCGGCGGCGGGGCUCCGACCGCUCGCUAUCGGGCUCCGCGCACGAGCUGGCGGUGUGCGCCGCGCAGCCCCCGCGCACCACCGAGCCGCCGCCGCACAGCCACUCGCAGUCCAACCUCGCUGAUAUACCCUUCAGGGAUCCCCUCGAGGAUGACUCCGCGGACGUGCUCCCGUGGGAGAACACGUCCCGGGAGGGCGCCUAUAUGGGGGCCCGCCGGCGCCAGGACUCCGUCGCCGACUCCGGCAGCUCGUCGUCCGACGUCAGCUCCGCCAUCGCGGUGGGCGAGCGCCGCCGCCUGCCGCAGCAGAGCACGCUCGACGGCGGCUUGCGCGGCGCCCCGCCCCCGCUGCGCCGCCUGUCCGCCGUCGAGCCGCGGCACCUCGCGCCGCUGGCGUCUCCCCCGCACUCGCCGCGCCAGGUGCGCCAGCCCCCCGUGCCUGCGCCCGCGUCUGCGCACGCCGCGCCGCACCACCCCACGCCCACCAUCAGCGUCAGCUCCGCGCCUGAUGAGGAGGCGGACUCGCCGCCACGCGCCGCCUCGCCCGACGACCGCCGCUCCGUCGCCGCCGACGAGCCCUCGUCGGUGUUUGCCUCGGCCGACGCGACGCCCACCGAGCCCGCCCGCGCCUUCACUGACAAGGGUAGCGCCGCGCCCGGAGUCGAGGAGGCUCGCCCCGAGCCGACCGCGGCGAUCCCGAGUAUUUCGACGGAGGAAGCUGCGUGUACGGCGGGGGACUCGAGGGAGGAGAUCGUAGAUAAGGAGGACUCGAGGGCGGAAAGAGAGGGGGCGGCUGGGAGCCCCACGCCGAUGUGUGCGGCCGACGAGACGUCGUCGCGGCCGCUGGCGUCGCGGGAGACGCAGCCGGUGGCUAGCUCGCGGACGCCGAGCCGGGACGCCGAGGACGACGAGCGGGGGAAGGACGUGGAGACGGUCACCGCCGACGUGUCGGUCGCUACUGUCGCCGGCGAGGUGGCGGCGCCCGAGACAUCGGAGUCGCCGGCCUGCCCCGCGGUGGUGGAGCCCGAGCCACCCGCGCCGGGUCCGACCCGCGAGGCGCCGGAGCCCCCCGUGUCAGUGGAGCCCGUGCCGCCCGCGCCGCCGGAGCCCCGGCUGCCGGUGGAGCCCCGUGUGUCGGCGGAGCCCCGUGUACCAGCGGAGCCCCGUGUGCCGGCGGUGGCGCCGCUGGCCGUGGGCGAGGACAUCGCGGACGAGGAGGGGGCGGAGCGCGGGCCGCCUCCCCUGCGCGAGGUGAAGGCGGCGUCCGAGUCCGAAGCCACGAGGAGAAUUGCUCACAGAGACGAACUGUCCUCGGUCUCUGAAUCCGAUAUUGUUAAGCGUGAUAGUAAACCCGCAGUUAGUGAGCGUAAACAGCGCAACGACAUUUGUCCCUGGGAGGACGAGAAUUCGUGUGAAGGCGAUGCUCCAUUUGUUAAAACGUAUGCAACACUCGGCUAUUUAUAAUUUGUGUAGAAGAUAUCAACAAUAUUUUACGAUGUCAGGGUUGUAGGAAAAAAAUAUUUAAUUUUUUAUCUUAGACCCUAAAAUUUUAAUUUGAAAGACGUUAGAUCAUUAUUGUAUUAUUAUAUGAAUAUUUUGAAGUAAAUGAUCGUUAAUUAUU